AUGGCCUCUAGAAUCUCCAUGGCGCGCCUUUCGGCCCAGCGCCUCUCGGCUGUGGCCAGAACUACUCCCCGGGCUUCCUCCCAACUUCGCAGUGUGAAGGGUCUGUCUACUCUUACACGCACCAAGGCUUCAGGACUGCUGCAGGCCUCAAGCAAUGUUUCGCGACUCAACCUCGCCCCUCUGGGAGGCUACCAAAUCCGCACCUAUGCCGACUCUAUCGUCAAGGUCCCCAACAUGGCCGAGUCUAUUACCGAGGGUACCCUGAAGCAGUUCUCAAAACAGGUUGGUGACUUCGUCGAGCGUGACGAGGAAAUUGCCACCAUUGAGACCGACAAGAUCGAUGUCUCGGUGAAUGCCCCAGAGUCCGGUACCAUCAAGGAAUUCCUCGUGAGCGAGGAAGACACCGUCACCGUUGGACAGGAUCUCGUCAAGAUUGAGCUUGGCGGUGCGCCCGAAGGCGGCAAGAAGGAUGAGGGUGCCGAGAAGCCCAAGGAGGCUGAGAAGGAGUCUUCGCCCGCCCCCGCUGAGGCCGAGAAGCCCAAGGAGGCCGAGCCCAAGAAGGCCGCCCCCCCUCCCGCUGAGAAGCCCAAGGAGACUCCCAAGGCCGAGUCCAAGCCUCAACCCGCGGCCCAGCCCGCUCUGGGCAGCCGUGAGGAACGCCGUGUCAAAAUGAACCGCAUGCGUCUCCGUAUUGCCGAGCGCCUCAAGCAAUCCCAGAACACCGCUGCCUCUUUGACCACUUUCAACGAGGUCGACAUGUCCUCGCUGAUGGAGUUCCGCAAGCUGUACAAGGAUGAUGUGCUCAAGAAGACCGGCGUGAAGCUUGGUUUCAUGAGCGCUUUCUCCCGCGCCUGUGUGCUUGCCAUGCGGGAUAUCCCCGGCGUCAACGCCUCCAUCGAGGGCCCCAACGGCGGUGACACCAUUGUGUACCGCGACUACGUUGACAUCAGUGUCGCCGUUGCCACUGAGAAGGGUCUCGUUACUCCUGUCGUUCGCAACACCGAGGGCAAGGAUCUUGUUGGAAUCGAGCAGGCUAUCGCCGACCUUGGCAAGAAGGCUCGUGAUAACAAGCUGACCAUUGAGGAUAUGGCCGGUGGUACCUUCACCAUCUCCAACGGUGGUGUCUUCGGCUCCCUGAUGGGUACCCCCAUCAUUAACGCCCCCCAGACCGCUGUGUUGGGUCUUCACGCUAUCAAGGACAAGCCCGUUGCUGUCAACGGCAAGGUUGAAAUUCGCCCUAUGAUGUACCUCGCUCUCACCUACGACCACCGUCUCCUCGACGGCCGUGAAGCCGUCACUUUCCUCGUCAAGAUCAAGGAGUACAUUGAGGACCCCCGCCGUAUGCUGCUCUAA